CUUCAUGGUAUGUGAAAAAUACCUUUUGAUGUUUUGUAAAGAUUACAAAAGUCAGUUAAAGUGAUAAUGACCUUCAAAGUGAAUACCAAUUUUGGUGCGAAUGGUUUCCUGGAAUACGCGGCUAUCUUUACUGACAGCCCACUCAAACUUCAAAGAGUGAGUGUAUCGCAGCUGUUUCUCUCUGCACAAAUAAAGAAUCGCGUUCCUGAACGCAAAACAUCAACAGAGAGCCAUGUCAGGCGCCCGUGGCGGCGUUAUAUUUAAUUACAGGGUCGGCGAGAGGAUUCUGUGUUUUGAGCCCGAUCCUACGAAAGCCAGAGUUCUUUACGAUGCGAAGAUCAUCGAGGCUGAUAUAACCCGAGAUGAGAAAAAUCGGAAGGUGCCUGAAUACCUCAUCCACUUCAAGGGCUGGAACAGCAGCUGGGACCGCUGGGCCACAGAAGACCAUGUGGUGAAGGACACUGAAGAGAACAGAAUCCUACAGAAGCAACUCGCCAAGGAGGCUCUGGCAAAAAUAAAGAAGGCAAAAAGAGCGAAGCAGGGUAAACGCUGCCGUCUGCCAGGUGUGGAGACAGAAGUCUUACGAGAAAUCGAACAGGAAGAAGAGCAGAGGAGGAGGGAGAACAUCCGCCAAGCCAAGAGGAGAUCGGCUGGAUCCUCCCAAGUUGUUCCAGACAACACCAGUACAACAUCAGAGUCCUUCACAACUGCAUCGGAGAAAGAUCUAUCUGAUGUGGAAGGGCCCAGCACGGCGGAUUCUGAGGAAGAACCUACUGAGAUUCCAGUGGACAUUCCGGCUGUUCUGAAGGACAGGCUGGAGGAAGAUCACAUCAUGAUAUGCAAGAGGGGAAAGUUGGUCCAGUUGCCAUGCCAACCCAACGUGAUCACGAUCCUGGAGAACUAUCUCCGGUUCUUUGCGGCGAAGGGAACGUCCGUGUCAGACAGACUACAUCACCAACUGUCCCGAGCCGCCCAACCGUUUGUCGCCAAGUUCCCCACCCCCACCAACGUCCACUCUACCAGGGCUCCACCUCCGGAACGGAAUGUGGACCUGGUGAAGGAAAUUGUGGAUGGCGUGCGCAUCAUGUUUGACUUCAUCCUGCCCCUCACACUGAUGUACCAGGAGGAGGAGGUUCAACACACACAGAUGGCCACUCGUACCUUCAUCCCCCUCACACCAUCAGCAGUACAGACAGAAGCAGACCACGCUGCUACCCCCCCUCCCCCCAAAAUACGAGUGACUCGCUCGGCCAGUCAAUCCCCCAUCUGUCAGGAGGCCCACAGGUCCCCUGCAGGACACGACACUUACCCGCUCAGAGAUUCCACUGUGAAGGUCAGUCAAGGUCAGACAACGCCCUCCAAACCAGACGGUCUGAGACGUUCACGUCGCUUUUCAACGGACCAGGAGCCCGCCUUGUCUCUCCCGCCCACCCAACGUAAACGUCGCCAUUCCAGCAUCAGCCACGCCCAACCGCCGGCGACCGCCAGACAGGCGGAGACUCGGACUCCGUCCCCCCCGCCCCUCAUCCCCGCCCCUCCCCCUCCCCCUGGGGAGACUGCACCAGCAGUGGACAUGUCAGACAAACUCUCCAGUGUAGACACGGCGGCAGCAGAGGCUAAAGUAGAACACAAGGCUUUGCUGGAUGAAGCGAUGUGUAAGCUUCUACCAGAUGAUUUCAAUCAGGAUGGACAGAAUCCCCCCUCUCUAGUGUACGGAGCACAGCAUCUGCUUAGGUUGUUCGUGAAACUUCCCGAGUUACUUGGCAAGAUGCACCUUCCUGAAGUCAAGUCUAAGAUAUUGUGUUACCAUUUGCAACUUUUCCUGAAAUACUUGGCAGACCGCAGGGAUGAACUCUUGCCAACAACAGCCUAUGUGAGUGCAGCUGAAGUAUUGGGCAACCUGAGGCAACCUAAAGUUAUCAGAUGACUCCUGUGUCAUUCCAGCAGUGUAAACUGAACCUAUUCUACAUGCAGCUGAGUGAGGCCUAGGAAAAAAUGUUUUGUUUUUCCUGUUUCAUGACAGACCCUGUGUUAUUAGUAUGUCGGCAGAACGUACUGCACCUGCGCGAAACCUGUAAUGUAUCGUGUAUAGCACUUCGGCAGAACGUCUCAUAUAAGGCUGUAUUCGCGCACAUACUGGUACGGUUAUCAUCCCGUCUGUAGUGUACAAAUGUUGCGUCGGAAAAGAUAUCGUCUGUAACAGGCAAAAUUCUACAUUAACAAUUGGCAAUACAAAUACAUGUACAUGUAUCUCUACACCACUACAUAGCUAUGUAUGAGAAUUAGACAGUUCAUUUUUCUUCAUACUUUAUUUCAAGAACAAAAUCUUGACACACACAAAAGAGAUGAAUUGUUAGUACCCACCAAAGGGACCAAUUUUGCAUGUACAUUUGUAGAUGUGGGGUAUAUACAUUCAAUUCAUUCAAAGCAACCUUGUCAAUGGAACAUGCAAAAAACACAUGACUUAUGUACAAGUAUCCCUCUGUACUUACAGUGAGUCUUUGAAAUAGGUCUUGUAUUCUAACAGCUUCAGAGAUAAGUGCUUUUAACAGUCUUUAUUACAUGUACAACAUCAUUUUAUAUGGCAUAGGCAAGCUGCUUUUUAGUUGCCGUGAUUCAUAUGAAAGGCCUUUUUUUAUCCCUGUAAUUUGUAGUGAGAUAGCCAUAUUUUUUGUGAUUGACGUAAUUCGUAGGUGGUCCUACUGAAUUUAGCAUAAAGAGUUGUUGCCCCUACCUUCAUGCAGACCCUCUUUCACCAAUUUAUGUCCCUAUUUACAAUGAGAAAAUGCAGUCUGAUCUAUUCACAUGAACGCUUUUGAGAUAGAUUGUUUCAUAGCCUUUACAUUGUACAUCUUUUCCUAAGGACCAAAUGAAAGUAACUUCAAAGCAGAAAAAAAUAUUCU